AUGGUCACGGUCCCGCCUUCUCUCAUGAUUUUGUCAUGGAUUGCCCUCGAACACUUUGGCGGAUCUCUCUUCGCCGCAUUGAGCGCCCUCCACGUCGACGGCCUUCAGCCUUUUCUUGGGAAAUAUGGCCCCGGAGGAAACAAGAAGGUCACCAUUGCUUACGUCGCUUGGGUGCUCUUCCAAGCCUUACUCUACACAAUUCUACCUGGAAGGAGCAAGGGUCAGUUGACGCCAGCGGGCAAUUUGCUUGAAUACCGAACAAAUGGCUUUCUGGCAUGGUCGAUCACGGUAUCUCUUUCCGCAUUGCUUGUUGGUACCGGAACUAUUGACCCGGCCAUUAUCGCAAAACACUGGGAAGAGCUAGUAGUGACCUACAACGCAUGGGGCUAUACACUUGCUUCAAUAGCUUACCUGAAAGCUCAUUUCUCACCUUCUUAUGCCGAGGACAGAAAUUUUAGCGGAUCCGCUUUGUAUGACUUUCUGAUGGGAAUUGAAUUCAACCCGCGUUUCGGCAAGAAUUGGGACUGGAAGCUUUUCCACAACGGUCGGCCGGGAAUCAUUGGGUGGACGCUGAUCGACCUCUCUUACACUGCUUUACAGUACCAGAAGCACGGCUUUGUUACAAACUCCAUCAUCAUCGUUGACAUCCUACACGGGCUCUACGUUGUGGAUUUUUUCGUAAACGAGAGCUGGUACUUGCGUACCAUCGACAUCUGCCACGAUCACUUUGGCUUUUACCUGGCCUGGGGUUCUGCCGCGUGGCUUCCAACCAUGUACACGCUGCAAGCCCAGUACCUGGCACGCUAUCCCGUGCAACCUUCUCCACUAGCAGCUGCCGCAAGCCUAUGCGCUGGUGUCGGUGGGUAUGCGCUCUUCCGCUCUGUCAACGCGCAGAAAGAUCUCGUGAGACGCACAAACGGCGAUUGUAAGGUUUGGGGCAAGCAGGCAAAGGUCAUGCGCUGUACGUUCAAGACGGCUGAUGGACAAGACCGUGAGACGCUGCUCCUCCUAUCAGGAUGGUGGGGCGUCUCCCGCCACUGCAAUUAUGUCGGCGACCUGCUGCUCUCGUACGCCAUGUGCAGUGUCUGCGGGACACGCAACCUGCUGCCGUGGACCUAUGCUCUUUUCAUGACGUGCAUCCUUGUCCAUCGCUGCUUUCGGGACGAGCAUCGAUGUAAGACAAAGUAUGGAGAUCAGUGGAAGGAGUAUUGCGCCAGAGUGAGGUGGAGACUCAUUCCAGGGAUUUGGUAG